GAUAAAGCAAACUUCGAUAAUUUCAUGAUUUUCUCUUUCUGAUCACAGAUUUUUGCUUCAGUUACUUGUUUUAUGCCUCUUCUUGCAUUUGAAUCUGACCAAAUAUAUUUAGGGAUCUGCUAAAAUGACAAAUGUUGUAGUCUCUUCCAUACAAUUGUGUAGUUCAUAUGAAUGAAUGAAUGACCAUUCGAAUUAGGGUUUCUUUAUGUUUCUUGCUAUGUUUUUUCCUCUCAAUUCAAACCUUGUUGGGAUGCAACACAAUUGACUGCACAGCAGGGGUUAUGGCUGGUUUAAUCUCAUCAUCACCUGAUACACAUAAGCUCCAAAGAAGUAAUGUGGGUGAAAUGAAGGAUAUGAUCAGCAACUUACCUGAUAGCCUUCUUCAUUACAUUCUUUCUUUGGUCCCUACCAAAGAUGCUAUACGAACUUCCAUUUUGGCUAAAAGGUGGAAGUACUUGUGGACCUGCUUAUCUGUCUUUGAUUUUGAAAAGGAUCGGUCAUUUAUCUGCAUGAAAGAAGACCAAAGACAGAAAUCUCUAUAUUGCCUCUUAGAUCAAGUGCACAGACUACUUUAUCAUUCUAAUUGUGUGAAAAAGCUCCGUGUCAAUUACUUUGGAGUUGCCAUUGAUGCAGAUCGAGUUAAUUCUCUUAUUUCUGCUGCAGUGAAGCACAAAAUCGAAGAGCUUAAGCUUUACAUACUUCUAAAGGCUCAGUUUGUGUUACCUCAUUGUCUCUCAGCUUUUGAAUCAUUGAAUAAGCUGGUUUUAGAACUGGGUUGUGCUCUAAAUGUUCCUAGUGGCAUUCACUUCCCUGGCCUGAAGAGAUUAAAGCUUUCGUGUGUUAACUUUGCAAAUGAGAAGUCAGUUCAACAUCUUUUCUCUGGCUGCCCUGUCCUACAGAAGUUAACCUUGUUCAAUUGUAAUUGGUGGAACAUCAAGCAGGUCGGCAUUACAAUUCCCACAUUAAAGACAUUAACCAUCUUUUGCGACCGUUCUGAUCGAGAGGAUUUGCUCAAUUCUAAAGUCAAGAUUGAAGCUGUGAAUCUUUUAUACCUCAGUUGCUCAACCUAUCUAAUAGUAGACUUUGUCCUUGUUAACCUAGCCUCCGUAGUUGAUGCAUAUAUUGAUGUUGGGUGUUGCUAUCCAUUAUGUCCACAAAUCUCUGGUCCCCGUGCAUUUAAACUAUUGAGUGGACUUGGUAGCAUCAAAUCUCUUAGACUAUCAACUGAUACUCUUGAGUCUCUUUCAUAUGCAAAAAAUACUCUCCAUCUCCUUCCUUUGUUUGACAAUUUGACUCAUCUUGUUGUGGAUUUGGGAAAUUUUGAGUCCACUAAUGAAGCACUAAUGGAAAUUCUCCAAAAGACACCUAAAUUGGAAGUUCUUCAUAUUCCUAUGGGAUUUGACCCACAGAUCUGCUUGGAUGGUGAGGACUGGAGGUUGAACUCAGUACCUUGUUGUUUCAAAUAUAGUCUCAAAUUAUUCUCUAUUUCAAAUUUUGAUGGGAGUGAAGCUGACAUUCAGUUGCUGAGGUUUUUGUUAGAAAACGCCAGAGUUUUAGGGGAGAUCCGGAUAUUCUGUUCUAAAACUUUAUCUGCUGAUUUGAAGAAGCAGGCUGAGAUCAGCCGGUUGCAGCUUGUAGGCCUGGGAAGUUGUGUCAUUAAGUUCCAGUAAAUCUUCUUUCCUUUAUUUAGUCUUAUUUUGCUUCUUUUUUUCUUUCAAAAAGGUAUUUAUUUAUGGACAGAUGCUGAUGUAACCUCAUGACAAAGCUUGAAUUGUGGUCAAAUGAAUUCGCUUUGCCUGGUUAGACUAAAACGACUGUUUCAUGGUCUGGCACUUUGCCAAAUGACUUAGUAAGUUAUUGGAAAUAUUCAUAAUAUUGGAUGAAACUGACAUGUUAAAAUUUUCAGAAUUACUAGUAUUGCCUAGACCCAUUGAUCAAUAGGAAGCCUCAUCAUAAUCAGCUUUAGAUUUUUUUUUUCCUAAGCAGCAUUUUUAGGAAGUGUUCCAAAAACAUUCCCUUCCUUGCCAGGCACCCUUCAAAUUCAAUUUUAGCUUGAUAGAAGACCAGGGUACAUAUCUCACCAUAAAUAGUGCAACUACUUUGAGACAGCAUUUUGUUUCUUGGACUUGCAUGAAAUAAGUGAGUUGCAGAGGAAUACAUAACAGCCUGUGGUGGACUUUCAAGUGUCCACACAACUUUCCCAAUCUACAUCCGCAUAACCAUUAAUGUUAAGAGAGGGGUUAGAAGGAGCACCCUUAAGGUGUCUAAGUAUAUGGAAUAGCAACAGCAUGAAGUUGUGUAGGAUUAGAACCGCGGGUUUACAGUCUAUAAAGUGGUGGUUUGAUACAAUCUCCCCAGAAAUGCAAGGGAUUAUCAGAUUGAAAAUAGAGAGAUCGAGCAACACAACUAAAUUGAUGAAGGGUGCCAUGAGAAGCCAGAAAAUUAGUAAGGAAUUCCUUUACAUUUUCGGAUCAUAAUUACUUUACUUUUGUAUUGAACUGGGCUUCCACCAUAUUGAAAUCCUAAUUGAGAAAUUCAGUGUAUGUUUAGCUGGGAUAAGACUAUUGUUUAGGUUUAUGUUAGACUUGAAUAGAUAAAGAACAUUGUCCAAGCUACCUUCCCAAUCAUCUUUAGGGACUUCUGGCCCUCUAUCAAGACAGAAUUGUUAGUGAAGAUGAUGGAGAUGUUAUGGACAGUGAGAAGACAAUUCACAAAAUUAAGACUCGUCUGAAGACUAGAAAUAUGAAGGACAUUAAGAUUGUAAGUUUAUUCUUUAACAUUACUAUACACAAUAUGUGCAACUUGAAUUUUGCUAUUAUUUGGCAAAAUAACAAAGGAACUGUUAACAGCAGAAUAAGAAGUG